AUGGCCGAAUCCGAAGAAUCCCCCGUCUUCCGCGCGUGGGAUCAAGCGACGAACUCGAAUAAGAGGACGGACAUCAAGAAGAUCAUGAUCAUCGGUGCGGGGCCGAUCGUCAUCGGGCAAGCGUGCGAGUUCGAUUACUCCGGCACCCAGGCGUGCAAAGCGCUCAGGAGCGAGGGAUACGAAGUCGUCCUGCUCAACUCCAACCCCGCGACGAUCAUGACGGAUCCGGAGACCGCGAGCCGCACGUACGUCGGCCCGAUGACCCCGGAGCUCGUGGAGGAAAUCUUGAAGAAGGAGAAACCCGAUGCCCUGCUCCCGACGAUGGGUGGUCAGACCGCGCUCAACCUGACGAAAACCCUCGCGGAGACCGGCAUCCUCGAGAAGUACAACGUCGAGCUCAUCGGCGCGAAGCUGGACGCGAUCAACAAAGCCGAGGACAGGCAGCUGUUUAAGGACGCGAUGACCAAGAUCGGCCUGAAGACGCCUCCGUCUGGCACCGCGAACACCUGGGAGGAAGCUCUGAAGAUUCAGGAGGAGAUCGGAAACUUCCCUCUCAUCAUCCGACCCGCAUUCACCCUCGGCGGAAGCGGUGGUGGCAUCGCGUACAACAUGGAGGAAUACGAAAACAUCGUCACCGGCGGCCUGAACGCGUCCUCCACGACGCAGGUCCUCAUCGAGAAGUCUCUCCUCGGGUGGAAGGAGUACGAGCUCGAGGUGAUGCGCGACCUCGCGGACAACGUCGUCAUCGUGUGCUCGAUCGAGAACCUCGAUCCCAUGGGCGUGCACACCGGCGAUUCUAUCACCAUCGCGCCCGCGCAGACGCUGACGGAUAAGGAGUACCAGCGCCUCAGAGACGCGUCCGUGGACAUCAUCCGCGAGAUUGGCGUCGAGUGCGGCGGGUCCAACGUCCAGAUGGCGGUGAACCCCGAGGACGGCGAGCUGAUGAUCAUCGAGAUGAACCCUCGCGUCUCUCGCUCGUCCGCGCUCGCGUCUAAGGCCACGGGUUUCCCGAUCGCGAAGAUGGCGGCGAAGCUCGCGGUCGGAUGCACGCUCGACGGCAUCCCGAACGACAUCACGCUCAAGACCCCGGCGUCCUUCGAGCCGUCCAUCGAUUACGUCAUCACGAAGAUUCCGCGAUUCGCGUUCGAAAAGUUCCCCGGCUCCGAGCCCUACCUCACGACGCAGAUGAAGUCCGUCGGGGAGGCAAUGGCGGUCGGGCGCACGUGGCAAGAGUCCUUCAACAAGGCUCUCCGCUCUCUCGAGACCGGCCUCUCCGGCUGGGGGCUCAACCCCAAGGAUGGCGAACUGCAAGGCGACUUGGUCGCGCUCAAGGAGAAGCUCGCGGAGGCGACCCCGGCGCGCAUCACCGUCAUUCACGAAGCGUUCUUGGCUGGCAUGACCCCGGAGGAGAUCCAAGAUAUCACGAAAUUCGAUCCUUGGUUCCUCCGCCAGAUGCAAGACCUCUUCGAAACCGAGACCUGGCUCAAGAGCUUGAGCUCUUUGUCUGAGCUCGACAAGAACGACUGGUUCGAGGUGAAGAAACGCGGCUACAGCGACGUUCAGAUCGCGCGUGCUUUAAAGAUUACCGAGGGCAAGGUGCGCAAGGCUCGCAAGGCGUUGGGCGUCACCGCCUCCAUGAAGCGUGUUGACACCUGCGCCGCGGAGUUUGAGGCGGAAACCCCGUACAUGUACUCCACCUACGACGGCAACGACGAGGUCGACCCUACCGAUAAAAGGAAGAUUCUCAUCCUCGGCGGCGGACCUAACCGCAUCGGCCAAGGCAUUGAGUUCGACUACUGCUGCUGCCACGCCGCUUUCUCUCUGAAGGAUGCUGGGUACGAGACCAUCAUGCUCAACAGCAACCCCGAGACCGUGUCCACUGAUUACGACACCUCCGACCGUCUGUACUUUGAGCCCCUCACCGUGGAGGACGUCCUCAACGUUGUCGAGGCUGAGCGCCCCGAGGGCAUCAUCGUGCAGUUCGGCGGUCAGACACCGCUCUCGCUCGCUACCCGCCUCGAGAAGGCGCUCAUGGAUGACCCGAUCCCCGCUGCCUCUGGCAACGGCAACUGCCACAUCCUAGGCACCCCUCCUGACAGCAUCGACGCGGCGGAGGAUCGCGAGAGGUGGCAGGCGAUUCUCGAGGAGCUCAAAAUCACCCAGCCCCCCGGCGGCGUCGCUCGCUCCGAGGCUGAGGCGUUGGUCGCUGCGAACAACAUCGGGUACCCCGUCAUGGUCCGCCCCUCUUUCGUCCUCGGUGGACGCGCGAUGGAGAUCGUCAGCUCCGAUGCGGACCUGAAGCGUUACAUCACCACCGCCGUGGAGGUCGACCCGGAAAAGCCGGUGCUCGUCGACAAGUACCUCGCGAACGCUACCGAACUCGACGUCGACGCCCUGUGCGAUGCCGAGGGUAACGUCGUUAUCUGCGGUAUCAUGGAGCACAUCGAGCAGGCUGGCGUGCACUCUGGAGAUUCCGCGUGCAGCAUCCCUCCGCAGACGAUAUCUGAAAAGUCCCUCGCGAUCAUUCGCGACUGGACCCCGAAGGUCGCGAAGCGUCUCGGCGUCAUCGGCCUGAUUAACAUCCAGUGGGCCGUGACCCCGAACGAUGAAGUGUACAUCAUCGAAGCGAACCCGCGCGCGUCUCGCACCGUGCCGUUCGUCGCGAAGGCGAUUGGUCACCCGCUCGCGAAGUACGCGUCGCUCGUGAUGGCGGGCGCGACGCUGAAGGAUAUCAACUUCACGGAGGAGGUGGUGAUCGAUCACGUCGCCGUGAAGGAGGCGGUGUUGCCUUUCGACAAGUUCCCGGGCGCGGACACGCUUCUGGGACCGGAGAUGCGCAGUACCGGGGAGGUGAUGGGCAUCGACAGGGAUUUCACGAGGGCGUACGCCAAGGCACAGAUCGCCGCGGGGCAGAGGCUGCCGAACGGCACGGGUAAGGUGUUCAUCUCCGUGCGCGACUCGGACAAGCCCGCCGUCACGGAAAUCGCGAAGCAGCUCUCCGAAAUUGGAAUGACGCUGGUGGCGACCGGUGGCACCGCCGCGGCGCUGAAAGACGCUGGGCUCCCCGUGACCGUGGCGAAGAAGGUUCACGAGGGCCGCCCUCACAUCGGUGACAUGCUCCGCGACGGCGACAUCGCCCUCAUGGUUGUGACGUCCAACGGCGACGAGGCGGACAUGCGCGACGGUCGCGAAAUCCGCCGCACCGCCGUGGGUCUGAAGAUUCCGAUGGUCACCACGAUCGCGGGCGCGCGAGCGACCGCGAACGCGGUGAAGGUGCUUCAGGAGGGUACCCUGAGCAUGGAUGCUCUCCAGGAUUUCUUUUAA